AUGUAUGGUAUGGUCAGCAACAAUGGUCUCGGAAGUUUCCUAAAAAUUAUAGAAAAAAAAUUAUUGGCCAUCUACUUUUUCAUACAAAUCUCAUGCUCCUCUCUCCCUCAUGCUCCACUCUCUCAUUCUCACUCCACUCUACCCCUUACACUCCACUCUUUCCCUCACACCCCACUCUCUCCCUCAUACUCAACUCUCCUCCUCUCUCCACUACCCCCACUCUCUCCCUCACACCCCAUUAUCUCCCUCAGACUCCACUCUCAUUCCAACCUAUCCCUCACAGCCCACUCUCUCCCCUCUCCCCCUUACACCCCACUCUCCUUCUCUAACUCCACUCUCUCCCUCUCACUCCAUGCUCCCCCUCUCACUCCACUCUCCUUCUCCUCCUUACACCCCACUCCCCCCCCUCACACCCCAAUCUCUUACUCACACACCCCACUCUCUCUCUCUCACCCUUACACCCAACUAACACCCUCACUCUCUCCCUUACACCCAACUCUCUCCCUCACCCUUACACCCAACUCACACCCUAUUCUUUCUCCCUCACAUCCCACUUUCACUCCCCAUUCUCUCCCUUACACCCCACUCUCACCCUCAGACUCCACACCCCCUCUCAUUCCAUUCUCCCUCUCAUUCCACUCUCCCCCUCACACCCCACUCUCUCCCCUAUCCCCCUUACACUCCACUCUCCUCCACUUACUCCCUCUCACACCCCACUCUCUCCCUUACACCCCACUCUCCCCCUCACACAAUCCACUCUCUCCCUCUCACUCCAUGCUCCCCCUCUCACUCUACUCUCUCCUUCUCCCCCUUACACCCCACUCUCUCACUCACACCCCAACUCUUACUCCACUCUCCCAAGCCCACUCUCUCCCUCACCCUUUCACCCAACUCACACCCAUCUCCCCCCCCCCCCCUUUACAUCCCACUCUCUCCUCACACCCUACUUUCUUACUCAUACCUCCAUUCUCUCCCUCACCCUUAGACCCAACUCAUACCCUCACAUCCAACUCCUUUCCACUCUCCCCCUUACACCCCACUCUCCCCUUUACACCCCAACUCUCUCCCCCUCCCCCUGACACCCCACUCACACUCUCUCCCUCACACACCCCACCCUCCCCCUCACACACCUCCCCCUCCCUCUCCCCACUCCACCCCUCACAUCCCACUCUCUUACUUGCACAGCCACCCUCCACAUCAGAUCCCACUCUCUCCCUCUCACACCCCACUCUCCCCUCACACACCCCACCCUCCCCCUCACACCCAACCCUCCCCCUCACUCACACACCCCACUCUCUCCCUCUCACAUCCCACUUUCACUUGCACACCCCACUCUCCCCCUCACUCACACACCCCACUCCACUCUCCCCCUCACACCCCACUCUCUCCCCCUCACUCUCUCCCUCUUACACCCCACUCUCUCCCUCUCACACUCCACUCUCCCCCUCACACCCCACUCUCUCCCUCUUACACCCCACCCUCCCCCUCACACACCACUCUCCCCCUCACUCACACACCCCACUCUCUCCCUCUCACAUCCCACUUUCACACCCCACUCUCUCCCUCUCACACCCCACUCUCUCCCUCUUAUACCCCACUCUCCCCCUUACACCUCACUCUCUCCCUCUCACACCCCACUCUCCCCCUCACUCACACACCCCACUCUCUCCCUCUCACUUGCACACCCCACUCUCUCCCCCCCUCACACCCCACUCUUACACUCCACCCUCCCCCUUUCACACCCACUCUCACACACCCCAACCUUCCCCAGCGCCCCACUCUCCCCCUUGCGCCCCACUCUCACAUCCCACUUUCCCCCUUGCACCCCACCUCUCUCCCCCUUGUGCCCCACUCUCUCCAUUUCACACCCAGCCCCUUUGUGCCCCAGUCUCUCGCCCCCCCUUGUGCCCCACUCUUUCACUCCCCCUUGUGCCCCACUCUCACCCACCCCAACCCCACUUGCGCCCCACUCCCUCCUCUUGUGCCCCACUCUCACCCCCCUUAUUACAUCCCACUCUCCCCCUCACACCCAACUCUUCCUCUUGUGCCCCACUCUCACCCUCACCCCAACCCCCCACUCACACCCCACUCUCGCUCUCCCACACAUCACUUUCCCCCUCACUUACUAGUAGGGGGAAAGAGUUGGGAUUGAGGGCAAGAGGGGGAUCAAGAUGGGGGAGUGGGGUGGGGGAGUGA